AUGUCGGGCAACUCACCGGUGGUGUACUUCUACGACCCGGAGGUCGGUAACUUCCACUACGGUCCCGGACACCCGAUGAAACCGCAGCGGUUGGCGGUCACCCACUCUCUGGUCCUCAACUACGGCCUCUACAAGAAGAUGAACGUCUAUAAGCCCUAUAGAGCCUCCUAUCACGACAUGUGCCGCUUCCACACCGAAGAGUACAUGCAAUUCCUACAACAGGUGACGCCUGGAAAUGUGGCCGAAUUCACCAAAUGUUUGUCCAGUUUUAACGUCGGCGACGACUGUCCCGUCUUCGAGGGUCUGUACGACUUCUGCAGCCGUUACACCGGCGCCAGCCUUCAGGGCGCCGCUAUGCUCAACAACAACCAGUGCGAUAUCGCCAUCAACUGGUCCGGCGGUCUCCAUCACGCCAAGAAGUUCGAGGCCAGCGGUUUCUGUUACGUGAACGACAUCGUGAUCGCUAUACUGGAACUGUUGAAACAUCACCCGAGGGUUCUCUACAUCGAUAUCGACAUACAUCACGGCGACGGCGUUCAGGAGGCCUUCUAUCUCACCGAUCGCGUGAUGACCGUAUCGUUUCAUAAGUACGGGAACUACUUCUUCCCGGGAACCGGCGAUAUGUACGAGACUGGGCUCGAGAGCGGCCGCUACUACAGCCUCAACGUACCGCUCAAAGAGGGUAUCGAUGAUAACUCCUAUGCGUUUGUCUUCAAACCGGUGAUCACUGAAGUGAUCAAAUGCUUCCGGCCGUCGGCUAUUGUGCUGCAGUGCGGCGCCGACUCGUUGGCCUCCGACCGGUUGGGAUGCUUUAACCUGUCGUUCAAAGGUCACGGCGAGUGCGUUAAGUUUGUCAAAGACCUAAAGCUACCGUUGCUUGUGUUGGGCGGCGGCGGUUAUACCCUCCGUAACGUCGCCCGCUGUUGGACUUAUGAGACCAGUUUACUGCUCGACGAGACCAUCAGCAAUGAGAUCCCGUAUAUGGAGUACUUCGAGUACUUUGGCCCCGAUUUUACCCUAUUGUCGGAUAAGGGCAGUAACGAUAACCCGCAUAACGCCAACUCUCGAACCUAUUUGGAGAAUAUACUGAAGUAUGUGUCGGAGAACCUGAGGAAUAUAGAGCACGCGCCGUCCGUACAGAUGCACUACACGCCUCCCGAUUGGUUCGAUGGCACCGACACCACCGCUGGUCAUCAGUUGAGCGAAUCCGAGGCCAACAAUGAGUUUUAUGACACUAAAGACGAGAAUAAGGAGAAAGACGUCUCCUGUAAAAAACCCGAUAAUAAUGAGAAGUGA